AUGUCCUCGUCCAACAACACGGCCCAACCCACCUCCAGCACGGACCCGGCCCUGCGCCCGUUCCACGAGCAGCUGUUCAACGCGGGCCUGAAGGUGCGCCGGGAGGUGGUCGGGGACGCGUACGUGGACCGGGCGCUGGCCAACGGGUCGAGCGAGUUCUCGCGCGUGGGACAGGAGCUGGUGACCGAGUUCUGCUGGGGGUACGCGUGGACGCGGCCGGGCCUGUCGCGGCGCGACCGCAGCCUGCUCAACAUCGGCAUGCUGAUGGCGCUGAACCGCGCGCCCGAGCUGGCCGUGCACGUGCGCGGCGCCCGCAACAACGGCCUCAGCGAGGAGGAGAUCCGCGAGGCCAUCGUCCACGCCACCACCUACUGCGGCGUCCCCGCCGGCGUCGACGCCAUGAAGACCGCCGAGCGCGUCCUCGACGACAUGGCCGAGAAGGGCGAGAUGCCCCGCCAGCUGGGCGGGAAGAGCAAGGAUGCGUAG